AUGGGCUGUGUUGGCGGUGAAAUCGAUCAAGCUUUUCAAUACAUCAAAGACAACAAUGGUAUCGACACUGAAGAUGCUUAUCCAUACGAAGAUGAUGACAAUCGAUGUCGAUUCAAACCAGAAGGUGUUGGCGCAACUCUAACUAGUUAUAACAACAUCACAUCAAAAGACGAAAGCGCACUUCAACAAGCUGUUGCCAAUAUUGGUCCUAUUUCGGUCGCCAUUGAUGCCAGUCAUAAUUCAUUUCAACUAUACAAAGGAGGUGUCUAUCAUGAAGUCUUCUGUUCACAAAUUCAUCUAAAUCUUGCCGUUCUUGUUGUUGGCUAUGGCACCGACAGUGGCAAAGAUUACUGGCUUGUUAAAAACAGUGUGGGUGAAGGCUGGGGUGAAAAAGGUUAUAUUCGAAUGACUCGUAAUAAACGCAAUGAAUGCGGUAUUGCUACAGCGGCUACUUAUCCAAUUGUGAACAAGUUUUAA